AUGCAAACAUACGCCCUGCUAGACGAAGGAUCCACAUUAACUUUAGUUGACACGACAGUAGCUAACAGAAUCGGCCUAACUGGUAGGCUAGCAUCUAUGAAGCUGAGAGGAGUAGGUGGAAUGAUGACCGUAUUGGCGAAUAGUAAAAGCGUUAAUUUUGAUAUUAAGGGGAAACAUAGUGUGGAUACCUAUCAAAUUAUGGGGGCUAGAACAGUACGAGGUUUAUCUCUGCCCGCUCAGACACUACGUGUAGAUGAGAUGAAAAAGUAUCACCACUUAAAUAAUUUAAACAUCGAAGGCUAUUCAAGUGUGACACCCACAAUUCUAAUAGGUCAAGAUCAUUGGGAUUUGAUCACGUCACUUGAGGUGAGAGAAGCAGGAAGACAGGCACCAGUAGCCUCAUAUACCAAGCUAGGUUGGGUAAUACAUGGAUAUGCAUCAAGCAGUGCAAACAAUGCAGUACCAUCUGCUGCGCUGCAGUUGGAGGAAGUAGGAGAACGAAAUUAUGAUCGCAUAGAGGACCGCAAUCUGAGCGAACUGGUUAAACACCAUUUUACCAUUGAAUCUCUAGGUGUUAGUGAAAGGGUAAGGAAUAACACCUUAAUUGUGCGAGCAGAUAAAAUAUUAAAAGAGACCACGCGGAGAGUGGGUGGUCAAUGGGAGACGGGUUUAUUAUGGAAGUCCGACUCAAUUGAGUUUCCCAAUAAUAAACAGUACGCGUUGAGUAGACUUAGAAGUCUAGAACGUAAGAUGGAUAAGGAUCCGAAAUUCGCGGAGCGAUAUUGCAAUGAAGUGCAACGCUUCCUGGAUCAAGGCUACGCCAGUAGGGUAGUUUCUCCAAAGGUCAAUAAUACACGAAUAUGGUAUCUACCCCAUUUCGGAGUAAUAAAUAUAAAGAAACCGGAGAAACUACGCGUUGUGUUUGAUGCUGCUGCAGUAUACCACGGAGCGAGCCUGAACGAUGCACUCCUUGCGGGUCCAGAUAUGUUCAACUCUCUGCUCGGGUCACUACUCCGAUUUCGACAAAAACGUAUUGCAUUCACAGCGGACAUUAAAGAGAUGUUCCUCCAAAUAAAAAUACGUCCGGAAGACCGGUUCGCACAACAUUUUUUGUGGCGCGGGAUGGACAGAACUAUAGAGCCACGCGAAUAUGUAAUGACAUCCAUGAUAUUUGGCGCGACAUCCUCUCCUUGCUCCGCUCAGUAUGUCAAAAAUCUUAAUGCUCAAGAAUUUCAAUCAAAAUAUCCUGAAGCAGCAGAAGCAAUAAUAAAGUACCAUUAUAUGGACGAUUACAUCGAUGGCGCUGACACUGUCGAGGAAGCCAUUAAACUUAUUGAGGAAGUAACAGAAAUUCACCGUAAUGGCGGGUUUGAUAUACGAAACUGGACAUGUAAUAACGAAGUGGUAAUGAGUAAAAUACCCAGUGAAAAACGAUCGCACAUCAAAGUAAACCUUUCUUUCGAUGAACAUCCAACCGAAAGGGUGCUAGGUAUUAUUUGGAAUCCUCGCGAGGAUAGGCUAUCCUUCGACGUCAGCUUGAAACGAAUCCCUGGAGAAAUAUUAACCGGUGAACGGAGACCAACCAAACGCCAAAUGCUAAGUGUAAUCAUGUCUGUAUUCGACCCGUAUGGAUUCCUUAGCCCCUUUACCAUUAGGAGUAAGAUUCUACUACAGAAUUGUUGGCGUAGUGCUAUUACGUGGGAUGAAGAACUGAAAUCUGCUGAAUAUCUAGAGUGGAGGCGAUGGUUACAGGAUCUUCAGCUUAUCGAACAUCUCACCAUACCACGUUGCUACGUGCAGCAAGACGCGAACGUCCAUGAGACAGAGCUUCAUGUAUUCUGCGACGCCAGCGAAAAGGCGUACGCGGUUGUGGCGUACUGGCGCGACGUGUACGAAAACGGAAAAACGGCCGUUACAUUUAUUCUGGGCAAAUGUCGAGUCGCUCCAUUGAAGCCUGUCUCUAUUCCUCGUCUUGAGCUACAAGCGGCAGUGCUAGCAAGCCGUAUGGCGCGCGCUGUAGAACAAGAACAUACCCGCAAAGUAACUAAAAGAGUAUUUUGGACGGACUCAUGCACAGUGCUGAGUUGGUUACGAUCAGAUUAUCGAACAUACAAAGCGUAUGUCAGUCAUCGUUUAGGUGAAAUAGACGACCUCACCGGCCAGGACGAAUGGCAGUGGGUUCCCUCAAAGGAAAACCCAGCCGAUGAGGCAACACGCAACAACGGCCCAUUGCCCUCAGAAAAGUCAAGAUGGAUUGCGGGACCAGACUUCUUGUACAAGGAUGAGCCUUUCUGGCAUACCCCGCCAGCAACCACCGCGAACGAAUGUACACAAGAACUCAGGUCAGAAUUCACUGGGAGCAGUGUGGAAUUCGAAAGGCUGGAAUUACCAGAAAUUGAACGGUUCUCCUCGUGGUUCCGAUUAAUACGUAGCACAGCAAGGCUUCUAGUUUUCAAAGAUUGCUGCCUCACUAAGAAGAAGGUCCCAUUAUCAAAUGAUCAUGUGCAAUGGGCUAUUAGGAAAUGGCAAACACAAUGUCAACGAGAUAGCUUUCCGGAAGAAUUGCACUCAUUACAUUGUCGCGAACAAAUAAGCUGCAAAAGUAGGUUAUAUCAAUUAACACCCUAUUUAGACGAUUAUGGACUCAUCCGAGUUGGUGGACGAAUAUCAUCGGCUGAAAAUAUACCGCAAACCAUGAAAGAACCAAUUAUACUUGACGGAGGUCAUCGAUAUACACGACUCUUAGUGCUGCACUAUCAUCAACAGGCAAAUCAUGGCAGUACAGAGGCGGUAGUCAAUGAACUGCGGCAAGCGUUUUGGAUUUUAAGGCUACGUCCAACGGUCAAAACCGUGGCCAGCCGAUGUCAAGUAUGCCGCGUGAAUAAGAAAUUGCCGCAGGUUCCGCGUAUGGCGGAUCUUCCGAGUGCUAGAUUAGAACACCACAUAAGACCAUUUACCAAUUGUGGAAUUGAUUAUUUUGGCCCGAUGGAGGUAACAGUAGGUAGACGACGCGAGAAAAGGUGGGGUGUACUAUUUACUUGUUUGAACACCCGAGCUAUCCAUAUUGAAACAGCAUCCACCUUGACGACUGACUAUACCAUUAUGGCGCUAACACGUAUGGCAGCCCGGCGAGGAUUCCCGGCUAUGAUAUAUUCGGACAACGGUACAAACUUAAGAGGAGCACACGCUGAGCUAAAACGGGCUGUAAUGGAUCUCGACUGCGACAAUCAGAGAGAUAGGGUCAUGAGCAAAGGCAAAGAUUGGCGUUUUAUUCCACCAGGUGCUCCCCACAUGGGUGGUUGUUGGGAAAGUUUAGUUAAGUCAGUCAAAACUACCCUGAGAGUUAUACUAAAAGAACGAGCACCCCGUGAUGAAACAUUGUCGACGUUAUUAGCUGAAGCGGAACACACAGUGAACAGUCGGCCGCUGACGUCCGUAUCGGUGGACCCAAGGGACGAAGAAAGUUUAACGCCUAACCAUUUUUUAAUUGGUGCCUCAUCAAUCAAGCCAUUAGUUACGCGACCUCGCGAUGGUAAUCUCAACUUGCGCAAGCAAUGGAAGAUAGCUCAGCACCUUGCAGAUCACUUCUGGAUGCGUUGGGUCAAAGAAUAUCUCCCUACGUUGAUAAGAAGACGUCGCUGGCACGAAGAGGUGCAACCCUUAGCAGUAGGUGACCUGGUACUUGUUGCUGACUCCCAGCAACCAUAUGAUCGAUAG